AUGGGUGUCGCCAAGAAGACGCGCAAAUUCGCGCAAAUGAAGCGCGUCAUAGGACAACGCGAUGCACGAUUAAAGAAGAAUCAAAUGGCCGGCGAAAUAGAAGCAAAGAAGAAGGAAGAAGCCAAGAAAGCCAAGAGAGAAAUGUAUGCUUUCACUCUCCAUUCUUUCUAUCCCAAGUGUUGCAAGACUGACCAAUCUGUUGCGAUUAGCCCGCAAGCACCCUCUUCCAUGUUCUUCAUGGCCAACGAAGCUCUUGGUCCUCCCUACCGCGUCCUCAUCGAUACCAAUUUCCUUUCCCAUACCGUCCGCGGCAAGCUCGAAUUGCAAGAAUCCCUCAUGAACUUGCUUUACGCAAAAGCCACGCCUAUAAUCACUUCCUGCGUUAUGGCCGAACUCGAGAAGCUGGGACCCAAAUACAGAAUCGCCCUGCGCAUCGCGCGAGACGAGCGCUGGGAGCGCAUCACCUGCGAUCACAAGGGCACAUAUGCCGAUGACUGUCUCGUCGAGAACGUCACCAAACACCGUAUUUACCUCGUGGGCACCAACGAUGUGGACUUGAAGAGAAGGCUGAGGAAGAUACCCGGUGUGCCCAUCGUCAGUGUGGCCAAGGGCAAAUAUGUGAUUGAGAGACUACCGGACGCGCCUGAUAGUCGAUAA